GAAGCAGAAGGCGAGAGUAUCUGUUCAUUAAGGAGGUUUAUGAAGUGACUUGAUUUAUACAGACUUUUUUUUCUUUCUUUCUUUUGUUUUGUGUGUGUGAAUAUCCCCGGCCUCUUAUGACACUGUGGAAGCGAUCAGCGGAGAGAGAAAACACGAGCGAAUUUCUCCCACAUGUCUGGGGCGCCACUGGAGGGGUCGCUUGGUACGUCAGAUCACACGCCGGCGACUUCCUUCCUCGCCCGUGAUGACCAACGUGAAUGUCGCGGGCCUCUACCUCGACCAACACGCCCUUCAGAACGCUAAAGACUCGCAUGACCAGAGCUACGUCGUCUUCCUACCGCUUGGCCUCGGUCUCCUCCUCGUCAGCGUCUGUCUCCGAUGCUACAUGCGGCGUCGGUGCGAGAGGAAGACCGCGGUCGUGGAUCCUGAAGCCGCGGUCGGGGACCUCGUGAUCCGGAGGUUUCACGAUCCUCCUCCCGACUACGAGGACGUCGCCAACGAGCCUCCGCCGCCUAGGUAUUGCGAAGUCUUCGGAGAUCCUCCUGACGAAGGGAUUGGUUCCUGACGUCUCCUCAGUGCUUCUGUUUUUCAAGGACAUAGUGAUAAAAAGGUGUGAAUGUUUUCAGUUUCGCGUAAGUGUAUACUUUGCCUUCAGAAAUUAUAGAUAUGCAUAUAUAUACACA